AUGUACCCGUUCCACGGCAUAUCAUUCACCAGCGGGGUUAGGACCAGUGACACUAAUUAUGGGCUUUUGCAGCUUCAGGCCCAACCUCAGGGUUCGGCAGCGGCGUCCCCUGUGGCUCAGAACCAGCCAGCCCGCUUGGAGAACUCGCCUAGUCCCAUAAAACCAAAGACUGAUGAGGGUUCUGAACCCGAACCUCCUAGCUUGGUCUCUCGUUCCUUGGUCGCCCGUAUCUUGGCCACGUUAGAUGGCUCUGAUGAAUCAGAUCAGCCGCCAGCUCAAGAUGACAAAACCGCAGACUUGGCUAAACGACGUCCGGCAAAGAGAUCGGCCAGUCCGUUAUCUGACUCUGUAUCUAAGAAGAGCCUAAAGUUGUCACCACCAGAUGAGGCCGAUAGCCCAGACGAAAAAAGCCUGCUUACCUCUCCGACCAUAAGGUUGAAGUUGACUCUCAAGAAAAGGCCCAUGAGCCCAGAAGUCCAACUGCCUAACAAGAAAACCACCAAGCAAAAAUUACUGCCCGGUGCCUCUUUAAGCCCCAAUACUCAGUCUGUCAAACAAUCUUCCACCCAGGCAACUCCAGCCACCUCACCUGGACCCCUGACAUCUAGUCCCGUUCCUCAGGUUGUGAUACCAACCCCUUCUGCUAAAGUGAAACUUCUUCUCAAGCCUCGCACCCCUGCAAAGGAAAAGAUGGGCAUGUCCGAGAAGUAUUACCCCAUUGAGUCUGUUCUCAAGGCGAAGGCCCUCCAAAGAGCCUAUCCGAAACGCGAGAAAAUUGACCGAAACGAAAUAUCACUCCCUAUCGGAUUUGAUUCCGAUCAAAAAUCCCCCUCAGCCCAGUCGGAGAUUGAAAUGCUCCGCAAUUACCUCGACAAGAGACUCAAGGGUAUCAAAGGACCUGAAGUCGUUUUCAAUAUCGACGACAAUAAGCUGACCAUGCUAUCUUCCACCUUUGACUUCGUCAACGACUACGUCCUCCUUGAUGGCGUGAGUCGUGUCGAGCCGGGCUUCAAUUCGGGCUGCAACUGCACCGGUCCUUGCGAUCCUUCCAGCUGCGACUGUCUCUUCGAAGAAGAAGACACGAACACGAAGAUCCGUACGUACCGCCCAUCGGCCUCUGACGACGAACUGUUCGUCCUGGACCCCAAAUUCCUGGAACGACGUUCAAAAAUCGUCGAGUGCUGCGGGCUCUGCAGCUGCAAGGGGAAGUGCUGGAACACAGUAGUCCAGCAGGGCCGACAGGUCCGAUUUGAGGUCUUCAACGCCGGACAGCGUGGCUGUGGCAUCCGUUCUCCCGACCCCAUCGUAACUGGUCAAUUCAUCGACCGUUACCUUGGCGAGGUCAUCACCGAGGAGGAAGCCGACGCCCGCGAGGCCGCGAACCAGAUGGGCCAAUCAUACCUGUUCGCCCUGGACUGGAAAACGGAGAAGAACGACUCGGACGGCGAGGCCGAAGUCGAGAGCGAGAAGGGAACCUUCUACGUGAUCGACGGCCAGAAGUUCGGGUCUCCGACCCGUUUCAUCAACCACUCUUGCAACCCGAAUUGCAAGAUCAUCCCCGUCUCCACGACGGAGCAUGGGGAUGAGAACCUUUACUCCUUGGCCUUCUUUGCACUGCGCGACAUUCCCGCGGGUACGGAGUUGACCUUCGACUAUAAUCCCUUCUGGGAUGGGUCGAAGAUCAUUGAUCCGCACGCGGUCAAGUGUCUGUGUGGCGAGAAGGAGUGCCGUGGCCAGUUAUGGCCAAAUGCCCGUAAGCAGGGACCGGGUGUUCGGGGCACCCAGAAAGGCAAGGCGAAGGUAUGGUGA